GGGCAAAGACUAAAGGAGGCGGGCCAGAUUCGGUGGAGCGUAAAAGGGUCUAGGGGCUGUGGUGCUGCGGCUCUGACCCGCUCCAGACUAGCGGCGACUACGGACUCUCAGUCCCUGAGCUCAUUGAGGACCAGGCCGCGAGGCCGUGUCCAGAGUAGCACAAAGAGAAUGAAAGAAGUAGAUAAUCUUGAAAGUACAAAAGAAGAAUGGGUUUGUGAAACAGGAUCUGACAAUCAAUCUCUUAGUGAUAAUCAACAAAGGAAUUGUGAAUAUUUUGUUGAUAGCCUUUUUGAGGAAGCUCAGAAGGUUGGUGCCAACUGCUUGUCCCCCACCGAACAAAAGAAACAGGUAGAUGUAAGUAUAAAAUUAUGGAAAAACGGAUUCACAGUCAAUGAUGAUUUUAGAAGUUAUGCUGAUGGUGCAAGUCAGCAGUUUCUAAAUUCCAUCAAAAAGGGUGCUACACCAAAAAUUGUUUCAAAAGCAAAAAUUAUUGAAGCUGAAAAUAAAAUUACUUUAUCUGCUGUUUCACUGAACAACUUGGAACCCAUCACUAAUAUACAGAUCUGGUUAGCCAAUGGGAAGAGAAUUGUCCAGAAAUUUAACAUUUCUCAUAGAGUAAGUCACAUCAAAGACUUCAUCGAAAAAUACCAAGGAUCUCAAAGAAGUCCUCCCUUUUCCUUGGCAACAGCUCUUCCUUCCCUCAGAUUGCUAGAUGACACUCACCCUGGAAGAAGCAGAUUUACAGAAUGCUGUAAUCAUUUAGAGACUCAAAAAGACUACUGA